CCUAAAUUAGAUUUUGUGCAUUUACCGGCCUACUCAACCAAAGUAAUAUUCUUGUUAUAAUUUGAAGCAACUGGAUCUGGUCUCGAUAUCAUAUAUUCUAGAGAGAAGUUAGAGAAAAGAAGCAAAAGUCAACUUGAACUCUUUCCAUCAAAAACCUAGCUCCGUGGAGGAGGAGACACCGUCUCCAAAUCCAACAACAAGAAACCAAGAUGAGGAUGAAGUGAUGCAUGAUCUCAAUAUCAAUAGGAAGUACGAAUCAGAGGCGAAUUCAAGUCCCACACAUAAGAACAAUACAUGUAUUGUAUCAAGUCCGAGCAAGGGAAAGAAUAUAGAUGGCAAAGGAGGACUGUGGGAGCAUAAGAAACACUGGAUUCCACCAGCUGAAGGAUUUAUGAAGUUAAAUAUAGAUGGGGCUUGGAAAUCCAAUAUUGUUUCAGGAGGUGGUGGUGUGUUCAGAAGACACACAGGAUCAUGGUUUGUUGGUUUUUCAAGUAAGUUUGCAGUUCACUCUCCAUUAGCUGCUGAGUUAUAUGCACUUUGUGAGGGCCUGAAAAUUGCAAAAGAUCUGAUGAUUGAUAAGCUAGAAGUGGAAACAGAUGCUAUGAAUCUCAAAUUGCUUUUGGGAAAAGUUCAAAAUCAGGUGCACCAUGAAUUAGGUCCUGUCCUUAGGGAAGUAGCUAUUUUGUUGAGUCAGAACUGGACCGUAAGUUUCAAGCACAUCCCAAAGAUUUAUAAUAAGGUGGCUCAUUCCUUAGCAGCGCAUUCCUGGAUUAUGGCUGUGGGUCAUAAAUUACACUACAUCAUUCCAUCUUGUGCUAAGGAUGAUUAUGAAAGUGAUUUCGAGAAGGUAAAUCCAGAAUAUGUAGAAGAAAUAAGAAGAAAUGCUCAUGAUCAGGCUAUGGCAAUUGUUGGUGAAAGAGUGGGGAAUCAAAGAAAAACUAACAAGGAUGGUGCAAGCUCUUCUGCUUCAGAGAUUGUGUUUGGCAGUAUCGUGUCAACUAUCAAGCAAGUGGUUGGAAGCUCUACUAGUACAGAUGUGGGGAGCAAAGAUAAAGGAAAACUAAAAGCAUUCACUCCUUUCAUUGUUGGCGGUUCAAAAAUUAACAAGGAUAUUGAGAUUGUUGAAGUUGAGGAUGAUGAAGAAGAUACUACAGUGACCAACAAAUGAUUGUGAUGAUGACUAUCUUUUGGAAGACGCAUGAUUCUCAAGUUCAAGCAGGGCGUCAAGUUCAUCAAGUUUUAGUUGUACAUACAAGUAUCUAUGUAGUUUUUACUAUCUGGGUGUUAAGGAGAUGCAUAAGGCAUAUUAAUGGGUUCAUAUUUCUCCCCCAUUUUGACAAGUUUUUGGAGAUUGAUGGGGUUGUAAGUGCUAAUGUAGAAUUAGGGUUGGCUUUUGCUUUAUCUUCAGAAUUUGAUCUCACUUAGUGGGAUAAUUUUGGUGUUUUGGUGUUUUCCACCCUAAUUAAUUAAUAUAUUUCGUCGGUUUGCGUUAAAAAAAAAAUUUGAAGCAACUGAAAUAUGUACGGAGUACUAGUGGACUACUCCCUCCAUUCCUUAAUAUUCACACCGCUUUUCUUUUCAGGCCGUGCCUUAAUACUUGCACCGCUUCUAUAAAUGGAAAUCUUCACCAAUAUUAUAUUAUGUCUCACACUUAUCUACUACCCCACUGACAGGCUUAAGUCGUAUCACCUAAUCGAAAAUAACCUAAGUCCACUAGCAUCCAAAGACAAGGCUCGAAAAUCACCAUUAAAUCUACUUUCUAUCACAUUCCUUGUAUACUCAUUUAACCCACCAUAAGCAAAACCACAAGAAUCCCAAAGAUUAAAAUUGUGGUAACCAAUAAAAUCAUUUAGCCUAUCGAAAUACACCCAAAAAGGCUCAUUUACAAAUUGAGGGAAAGAAUAAUAAUCCAUUUUUUCAGGGAAAAAAAAUAUAUAAUAUAAAAUAAUAAAAGUUGAAAAAAAAAAUUAAAAAAAAUAAACUAAAGAAAAUAAAAUAUAUACAUGGUCUCAAAGAACUGGAAGUUCUAUGAGACUCAAGAAAAUAAUCUAGAUCUUAAAAUUAAUAGCAGAAAAUUAAACCGUUUCACCGGCAACGGCGCCAAAAUUUGACAGGCUUAAAUCGUAUCACCUAAUCAAAAAUAACCUAAGUCCACUAGGUAGGUAGCAAGGGAAGUCAGGAUCGAAUCCACAGGGAAACAAUGUUCUUUCUACUAUUAAUCAAUCAGACUAGACUAUUGGGAACAAGAGUUGGUUUGAUGGUUUGCUAAGACUACUACGAUAAUUAAACAAUUAAGAAUCAAGAUAUUAAUGAAUAUAGGGUAUAGGUUCACCAACAAAUAACAAUCCAGGACAAUAAACAAUCACGAUAAUCAACAAAGUAAUUAAUUGGACUAGCAUGCUCUCUCGAAUCGAUACUAAUCAUAGACUUAGAUUUAAGGGGCUCUCGCUACGUAUUAACUCCAAUUCCACCUAUUGACACAAGCCUAAACAUCAAAUUGCAUCUCUCGAAUCUUAACUUGAUAUUGCGUAACUACCACAAUUAAACCUGCGCAAAUCUAAUUGUAUAGUGAAAUAAACCAAUCAAUAGGAAUUAAUUACAAUGCCAACAAUCACAAUUAUUCAAUAUCCCUUCAUGUUAUUCAAGGAUCCCCAAACCUUAGAAAAUAAAUUG